AUGACAAAUGAUUUAAAACCGGUUUCUAUUGUAAUAACAACAACCUCUGACAAUUACAAAAGUAAAAACGGGUUGAUAAUAGCCGAUAAUAACAAUAGUCGAUCGGAUUCAUCGUUACCUGUUCUAGAGAAAACUAAUGAUGAUAAAGAAGAGGAAACCCAUAAAGAACAUAAUUUGUUAAAUGAUAAAAUGAAGAUUAUAGAUUCUUCCGUUACGAAUCAAAUAACAGAAAAUAUUGGUGAUGUACAGUUAUCCACCAGCAAUAAUAAUACAUCAGGACAAAAUGAUUUGCUUAUAGAACAAAAACAAGAUUCUAGAACACCUUUACCUUUACUACACAAUAACGAUACUUCAAAGGAGGGCAUUAAUCAAUUCAUUGAAACUGCCCAUUCACAAGGAUAUAAUUGUCUGGAUUUGACGAAAAAGUCUAUUAUUGAAUUUCCUUCUAAAUUACUUGAAUUUAAUACAUUGCAAUAUUUAUAUCUUGAGGGUAACGAGUUAAAAACAUUACCAGAAAAUUUAUUUGUCCAAUUAGUGGCAUUAAAAUGGCUCGAUUUGCGUAACAAUCAUUUGCAUAAUGUUCCACAUAAAGGACUAGAAAAACAUACAGCUCUUCGAUAUCUACUUCUGGGUGGCAAUAUGAUUAGAAUAUUACCCAGUGAACUGGGCAAAGUCAAAACAUUAUCAGCUCUUAACUUAGAUGGAAAUCCACUCGAAUUUCCACCUUGGGAUGUGGUUAAACAAGGCUUGAAAGCCAUUCAGAUAUUUUUAAGAGAAGACCAUAUACGAAGAUCAAAGUUAGAACAUAAGGAACUAGAUUCUGAUGAUGAAAACUAUGAUCAAGAACGUGAUAUCAAUUUGGUAAAUGAUGUAUGGGCAUCCGAUGAUGAUGAUGCCGGUGGAAAUCAGCCGACAUUAACUCCUGCUGCAAAGUCACAAGUUUCCAAAAUCUUAUUACGUAAUUCAAAGUCAGAAAUUGGACAUUAUUCACCUUUGACAUCGCUACAAUCGUGUAUUAAGUAUGAGCGUGUAAAUUAUCAAGAGACUGUAAAAAAUACACCGUUUGGAACUGAUCCAAACUAUUUAGAUAUAAUGAAUAAAGAUCAACAAAAAUUUGUGGAAGAUGCUGUGAAAUUUGAAAGUAAACGAGUUCGUUCGCCUGAAACAGCCCUCAGAGAAGAGGACGAAAGACGACAACGUGAUAGACAAAUUCAAGAAAGAAUUCGACAAAUCACUGACAAAAUGUUACAACGACGAACGCAACCAAAAGGAAACGUAUUUGAAGAGAAACGACAGGCAGAAUUAGAAUUAAAGGAGCUUCGUAAACUCGAGAAUGAAGUUAAAAAACGUCGUGCACAAAUCGAUUAUCGUUUAAAACCUUAUACGGGUGAUGUCAAAUCGAAGAAGAAGUUGCAAGUUUGA